GAACCCCGCGCCCCCCGUCCCGCGUCUCCGGCACCGCCGGCCCGGAGCUUCCCGGAAGUCUCGGCCCUGCCGCUGCCGCGGGCGCUCGCCAGGGGAAGCCCGGGGCAGUCGGGACCUCGGCCCGCUCCUCCGGACCCGUGAGGCCGCCGCACCGGCUGCCACUCCAGAUGCUGCUGCUGCCGCCGCGGCCACCCCACCCUCGGUCCUCCUCUCCGGAGGCCAUGGACCCACCGCCCCCCAAGGCUCCCCCUUUCCCCAAGGCGGAAGGCUCCUCCUCCACCCCUCCCUCGGCGGCGGGGUCACGACCCCCGCGGCUGGGCCGCCACCUGCUCAUCGACGCCAACGGGGUCCCGUACACAUACACGGUGCAGCUGGAGGAGGAGCCCCGGGGCCCGCCCCAACGCGAGGCGCCCGCGGGAGAGCCUAGCUCCCGCAAGGGCUAUAGCUGCCCAGAGUGCGCCCGUGUCUUUGCGAGCCCGCUGCGGCUGCAGAGCCACCGCGUGUCGCACUCGGACCUCAAGCCCUUCACGUGCGGCGCCUGCGGCAAGGCUUUCAAGCGCUCCAGCCACCUGUCCCGGCACCGCGCCACGCACCGCGCCCGCGCCGGCCCGCCGCACACCUGCCCGCUCUGCCCGCGCCGCUUCCAGGACGCCGCGGAGCUGGCGCAGCACGUGCGCCUCCACUGAGCCCGAGGUGCCUCCGGGCCACGGUGUCUGCCCCACACAGCAUAGCAUCACUCCCCGCCCACGCUCCCUGGCUCUGCUGAGGUUACUGCUUUACCCUGCGCCUCAGUUUCCCCAUCUUUCCCAAGGGAGAACCAUCACUCAUUUAC